AAUAGUCGGAUCAGCUGAUCCGCACCAUGUGAACCAAUUGUUCCCAAUUAAAACCUCGUACUCAGCACAACUGUGGAACAAUACGACAAGUCGUUUGUGUGUGUUUUCAACGAUAAUGGACGCAUUUCUGAGGGUCGAUGGAGGUGCUAAUUUGCCGACAUCGCCUUCGAAUUCGUUCAUGGCGGAGGAUAACGCGUCUACGUGCCCUCUAAUCAAUCCGUCGCCCCCCACAAACGAUCUGAUAAAUCCGUUGCCGGAACCGACGACGCCCAAUUUCACCAUCGGGGAGGAACUCGCGGUCAAAUUGACCCAUGUCCAAGACGAUGAAAAGGGUGGAGGCGACUCAGCAUCCUCAAGUUCGUCAGCACUUGCUGAACCAGCGUGUGCACAAUUACUCAACCAUCGGAAUAUUUACCACCAUAUCACUAAAGAUGAAGAAACCGCUGCUCAAGAGACGAAUGGCAAAACCCAACCUCUCCAGCUCACCUUCAAGAACCCCCCAGACAACUAUUUCUUCAUGACUUGGAACUGGCCCUUGAUUCGUACUAUUUCCAUGUACAUGUUCCUCGCAGCGAUGUUUGGGAUGGUGGCCAUGGUGGUGGGUCUGAUGUUCACCCUUAAGAGCAGUUGCAACCCGCCAGUCGAAUGGUACCAAGGCUCCGUGUUCUACGAGGUGUUCCCGGCCAGUUUCUACAACCGUGAGGGACAGGUCGGCAACUUUAUGGGCCUGUGGCAACAGGAGCCGUAUCUGAGCGCUUUGGGGGUGAGAGGUGUUAGGUUGAAUUCGAUAUUCGCCAGUCCCAACUAUCCGGAGGAUUACGAGAACAUCACGAGUUUGACUCAGAUCGCUUCGGUUUUGGGUAGCAAAGAAAGCUUCGAGCUGAUGGUGAAACGGCUGGAUUCGAAAAAUAUCUCGGUUAUACUAGAUUUGCCCCUGUAUCCGUUGUAUAAGCAACUGCCGAAUGUUAUUGCCAUCAACACCAAGAGCAACGAGUCGUUUUUGACGCAAGAACAAAACGAUAUUGCCAAGGCUUUGCAACAAUGGAGGAGCUCCAACGUCAAGGGUUUCUACUUGAAGGGUCUGGAGUAUUUCGUCAAUGACUCAAAGCUGCACGACUCCUUGCGUUUGUGGAAAAGAAUUGUGGGACAAGACUGCAUCUUUAUAGUCAGCGAAGAGUUCAUCAACAACAUCCCAGCUGACAAGUCCAACAUCAUCUACAACAACAUAGAUCUGGUGGACGUGAGGUUGAAGAUCGAGCAAGGAGUUCAAACACUGACCAAGCAAAUCAGCGACAUCCAAAACGGCACCUUGUUCUCGAAACGUGGGAUGCCCUGGGUGCAUUGGUCGUUGGGCAGCGUCAACACCAACCGUCUCGCCAACGUGCUGCCCUUCGCAAACGGCACGAUCGGUGCGACGCUCCUCGAACUAAUGCUACCGGGAACCACUUCCAUUUUUUACGGUGACGAAAUCGGCCUCCAAGCGGUGAACGACAAAGAAAACGAACGCCAGGACCUGAAGCACCUCCACCACCUGACCAGCAUGCCGUGGCCGAACAAAACGUCGAAAAUUCUCCCGUGGAUGCCGGCCGAAAGGUCUUCCGCCAUCUUCGAUCAAGUACCCAUUGUGUCGGCGAUGACCAGACUCCGGGCCGAAUCACCGUCCAUUUACAUGAACACGGUGAACAAGGACGGCAUCAACAAGGCGAACAUGGAGGUGAAAUACUCCGCCGACGACUUCUUGGUUAUUCAAAGAUGGUACCCGAGGAUGAGCUCGUUCGUGGUUGCCAGCAAUUUGGGCAGCUCCAAGAAAACCGUCGAUUUGUCCACCUUGUUGUAUAGCGGAAACGUCGUCGUUAGUCCUGGAAUUGAUUCGAAGCCGAGCACCAUAAGUUUCAAGGAUAUUUCCUUGUGGCCCGGCGAAUCCGUCGUUAUUGUUCUUGAUUAAUUUAUUAUUUGUUUGUGGUAUUGAAUAAUAUUAUAAUUAUCUGUAAAUAAUAUUUUGUACUUAUUUGACUUAUAGACUUAGAUUACAGUUUCCUGUUUUUGAAUAUCAAAGAUGCUUUGCUACUCUUACAUAGGUAGCACUGCCAUCUUUCUAUAGUUAAAUUAUAUAAUACAAGAAAUGUGGAUUAAUUCCGUACUUAUAUUAAAAUUCUAUCAGAUUUACGGAAAUAUUAUAAAAUACUAAUAGGGAAAAUUGUAUAAAAAAAAACAAGGAAUAAAGUAACAUAUAAUAAAUCAUAAUAUAACUUUAAUUUCUACCUAUAAAAAAUAACGCACAAUACAAAAUCCACAUCCAUAAAUUAAUAUAAUUACAUGUUUAGACCAUCCCCAAUAUUACCAACAAGAAUAUAUAAUUUAAAAUUGUUGAUUGGGAGCAACUUCCAGAUCAUGAAGUACUAAUUUUGUAGAGGGUUCUUGAAACAGCCAGCGCAAUUGAAUUUCACCCUUUGUUCUAAAAGCAACAAUAAAUUAACAUUCUUGUUAUGAUUUAGUUUGAACUUGAUAACGUUUGUUAAUUGAGCAUCUGUUUCAUCUUGGUGGUGAGGCUUAACUCAAGUGCUGGUGAACUUGAAGGAGCUGGAACUGCUUUUAAUCAUUUAUAGCUUGAUUAAAUGUUGUUUCCAAUUAAUUAAUUGUGCGCAAUUCAACUUUGACACGAUAAAUCAAUCUUAAUGUAAUUAUUAUGUAUUUACAGAUACUUUUGUCAUUUUACCAAAUAUUUGUACAAUUUUGUUUGGCGACUGGUGUAUCCAAAACUAAAAGAAAAAGGCACAAUUAAUUUAAUGUUAAACUAAUUAACUUAAUAAAUGCGAUAGUUGGGGAUAUAAAUAAACGUGCUUAAUUGAUUUCAAAUUAUUGUAAUUAAUAUGCAAAGUAAUGUGUGACAAACAUGUGUAUAAAUAUUACAAUUCAUUCUUUGCUAUCUUUAAUUACUUUUGCACAAUUAGUAAAUAAAUGAAUGUAUUUACAACGAGGUUAAACCUACAAAUGUUACUAAUUGUUUUCAAGUGUUAUACAUUAAUUCAUGAUAAUCAUGCAUUAAUAAUAUAUUGAUUAUUCAAUUAUAUCAACCACCAUCAUCGAUUUAUGUAAAUAUUAAAAAAUAGUGAUUUAACAAAUAUUGUUUUUGUGGCAAUAAAAAUAAAAUAAAACCAUAAUAUAUUAAAACAUAAACUUUAUUUCUUCAUUUAGCAAAUAACACAUAAUACAAAAUACACAUCAAUAAAUUACCAUAAUUACAUGUUUAUGUUAGAUCAUUCUCAAUAUCAUGACCAAGAAUAUAUACAAGGAAACUACUGAUUAUAAGCUAGGUCAUAAAGUAGUAAUUUUAUAGGGAGUUCUCGUACAAUUUAAUUUCACCCUUCAUCCCAAAAACAACAAUAAAUUAAUGUUCUUCUACGCUUUAGUUUAAAUUGAUGACAAUUGUUACUUGAGCAUCUGUUUCUUCAUGUUGAACGAAUUUGAAUGAGCUGCCUUCAAUCAUCUAUAACUUAAAUUAAUUAAUUUAUAUUAAGGUAGUUUUUAUUUAAUUCAUGCGCAAUUCAACUUUGACCCGUCACUUACUUUCGAUUCUAAUGUAAUUAUUACGUAUUUAUGGACAUUUUAAUUAUUUUACCCAAAGUGCAGUUGUAUUUUGUCACUGGAUUUUACCUUGGUGUGUCUAAAUUAGAAAAAACAACAAUUACGACAUGGUUUAUUUUAAUUCUAAACUAAAUAUAAAUGCGGUAGUUUAUUUUAGGAUAUAGAUAAACGUGUUUAAUUGAUAAAUUAUUGUUAUUAAUAUGCAAAGUAAUUUGUAAUAAACGUUUAUGUAA